UGUGGAUCAGAGUUCAGACUCCACUCUGAGGGAGCAGAGGGAGGAAAAGGACGUCUGAGAGAGGGUUGAAGAACUUACAAACACUUGAUACAGAUGGACUCACUCUGAAGAGCAGAAGAUGGAUGACUGUGUGGAGGAAGAGGAGCACAGAGCAAAGUCUCCCCUGUCCAGCUGUCUGUCUAUGAAGAGUGAACGGUCUAAAGGUUGGGCUCCACAAUUCAGUAAAGAGCCAGGACCCUCAGAGUCCCGACCGACAUCAGGACCACAGGAAGCCAGUCAGACCAGCAGUGAAACCACAGAUCGUGGUCUGCAGAGGGUUUUAGAGGAACAUAAGACCAGUCUGAGGACCAGAUGUGAGCGUGUGAGUGAAGGAAGUGAGGAAACAGGAAGUAGAACCCUCCUCAAUACGAUCUACACUGAGCUCUACAUCACAGAGGGACAGAGUGAAGAGGUGAACACCCAACAUGAGGUGAGACAGCUAGAGACCACCUCCAAGAUGGAGAUCCUCCAGGACACUCCCAUCAAGUGCCAGGACAUAUUCAGAGCCUUACCUGGUCAACAGGAACCCAUCAGAGUGGUUCUGACAGUCGGCGUCGCUGGUGUUGGAAAAACCUUCUCAGUGCAGAAGUUCACUCUGGACUGGGCAGAGGGCUUGGAGAACCAAGACCUCAGUCUGGUGGUUCUGCUUUCAUUCAGGGAGCUGAACCUUAUCAGAGAUAAGCGGUACAGUCUCCUCCAGCUGCUCCAUGAUUUCCAUCCAACAUUACAGAAGGUCCCAGCAGAGACGCUGGCUGUCUGUAAACUGGUGUUCAUCUUUGACGGUCUGGACGAAAGCAGACUGUCUCUGGAUUUCAACAACACACAGGUUGUGUCUGACGUCACACAGAGCUCAUCCAUAAACCUGCUGUUAACAAACCUCAUCAAGGGGAAUCUGCUCCCCUCAGCUCUGGUCUGGAUCACUUCUCGACCCGCAGCAGCCAAUCAGAUCCCUUCUUCACGCGUUGACAGGGUCACAGAAGUCCGAGGCUUCACUGACGCCCAGAAGGAGGAUUACUUCAGGAGGAGGAUCAGUGAUGAAGAUCUGUCCAGCAGAAUCAUGUCACACAUCGAGACCUCCAGGAGCCUCCACAUCAUGUGUCAGAUCCCGGUCUUCUGCUGGAUCACUGCUACAGUUCUGGAGCACAUGAUGAGCACAGAGCAGAAAGGAGAGCUGCCCAAGACCCUGACCGACAUGUACUCACACUUCCUGUUGGUCCAGACCAUGAGGAAGAGGAAGAAGUACGCUGAGGGUCCUGAGACCAGUCCUCAGGAGCUGAUGGAGGCUGACGGUAAAGUCCUCCUGAAGCUGGGCAGGCUGGCGUUUGAACAUCUGGAGUCAGGAAACAUCAUGUUCUACCAAGAAGACCUGGAGCGCUGUGGUCUGGAUGUCACAGAGGCCUCGGUGUACUCAGGACUCUGUACAGAGAUCUUCAAAAGAGAGUGUGUGAUCUUCAAGAAAACAGUCUACUGCUUUGUUCAUCUGAGCGUUCAGGAGUUUCUGGCUGCAGUCUACAUGAUCCACUGUUUCACAACCAGGAACAGAAAGGUACUGGCAUCUUUUAUGGUAGGAGAACAUGUAAAUUCAUCCCUGGAUGUCUUCCUGAAGAGGGUCAUGGAGAAAUCCCUCCUCAGUAGAAACGGUCACCUGGACCUGUUUGUCCGCUUCCUUCAUGGACUCUCUCUGAAGUCAAACCGGAGACUCUUAGGAGGUCUGCUGGGUCACACAGACAUCAGUCCAGAGAUGAUCCAAAGAGUCAUCAACAACCUGAAGAAGAUGAACAGUGAUGAGAUCUCUCCUGACAGAAGCAUGAACAUCUUCCACUGUCUGACGGAGACGAACGACCUCUCAGUCCAUCAGGAGAUCCAAGAGUUCCUGAAGUCAGAGAACAGAUCAGAGGAACUCUCUGAGAUCCAGUGCUCUGCUCUGGCCUACAUGCUGCAGAUGUCAGAGGAGGUUCUGGAUGAGUUGAACCUGUAUAAGUACAAAACAUCAAGCCAGGGACGACUGAGACUGAUUCCAGCUGUGAGGAACUGCAGGAAGGCUCAAUUUGAUCGCUGUGGACUCUCAGACACUCACUGUGAAGUUGUGGCCUCAGCUCUGAAGUCCAACCCGUCCCAUCUGAGAGAGCUGUACCUGAACAACAACAGGCUCCAGGACUCAGGAGUGGAGCGUCUGUCUGCUGGUCUGAAGAGUCCAAACUGUAAACUGGAGACUCUGGGGUUGUGGAGCUGCAGUUUGACAAAGACCAGCUGUGCUUCUCUGGCCUCAGCUCUGAAGUCCAACCCCUCCCAUCUGAGAGAGCUGGACCUGAGUUACAACAAGCUGCAGGAUUCAUACGUGGAGCUGCUGUGUGAUCUUCAGAAGAGUCCAAACUACAGACUGGAGACUCUGAGAUGGAAGAACUAAGAGUCAGAUGAUCAGAGAGAGGAUGGUCUUCCUCCUGCUGGUCAGAGAGGUGGAAACAGCAGCAGCUUGGAUGUGGUGAGUCUCUGACUGAGCCGUGUUCCUGACAGACUGACGGACCAAUCACAACAGGUGGAGGUGACUCUCAGUGCUGCGGUCUGAAGACCAGCUCCACUCUCAGACUCAGGACCUGGACCUCAGAUAUCUUCUUCCACUGACUCUGAACUGAAAUGACCUCCACAGGUUUGUUUUGUGGAGAACAACAAGAAAAAUGAACACACUGAUUGAAUCUGUAGUUUUGUUCGUGCUGCAGCGCCACCCUGUGGGGAUUUAGAGUAGUGCAGUGGAUUUAU